GCCCGUGAUUGUUACGUAGCACAAAUAGACUGUCGCUCUUCUUACAACGCGACAACAAAAGCUCUCAUCAGUUGACUUCUCAGCAAUAUUUCUUAGGCAGUAGCGGCGCCUGUGUGUUCUGCCCUUAAGGAGCAACAUGGACUACACGAGAGCUUUGGAAGUUUAUAAGGAGAUGCUUCUGUUGUAUGUUGAGGAGUUUAAGCAUUACAUUAACUCGACGUGUGCUGGUUUGGAGCCAUGGCAGAUCAUCGCAUCAACAUUGGUGUCUACGCUUGCAGCAGUCUGGCUAAAAGGCUUCCUGUUUCAGAAGGAGAGUUUGCUGUCUCGAACCAAGAAGCAGUGCUUUCGACUCAUCAGAAAAAUUCCAUUUGUUGGCGCAUCAAUUCAGAAGCAGCUAAACAAGGCUCUGGAUGACAUGUCAAUGAGCCUGUGCACGCUGAAGGAAGGAAUGAGCUACACAAAGUGCCUGCCUACACAUGGCCUCACACAUAAACAAGUCCUAGACAGCAUCAAAGAGUACCAGACACUGAAUGAAGUACAGUGGUCCAAAGGCAAGGUUUCAGGGGCAGUCUACUGGGGCGAUGAAAAGCUUACGGAUCUUCUUGUGAAGGUGUAUGGUGAGUUUGCUUGGAGUAAUCCCCUCCACCCAGACAUCUUCCCUGGAGUGAGAAAGAUGGAGGCUGAGGUGGUGCGGAUGACAUGUUCUCUUUUCAAUGGUGGGCCCGAGUCAUGUGGCACUGUCACCUCUGGUGGAACUGAGAGCAUUUUGAUGGCCUGUAAGGCAUACAGAGACCUGGCUUAUGAGCGAGGAAUUAAAUAUCCAGAGAUAAUUGCACCAGUAAGUGCCCACGCAGCAUUUGACAAGGCAGCACACUAUUUUGGGAUGAAACUGAUUCACAUACCUUUGGAUAAAAAGACCAUGAAAGUCGAUGUUAAGGCCAUGAAGAGAGCUAUCUCUAAGAACACCGUCAUGCUGGUGUGCUCCGCUCCUCAGUUCCCUCAUGGAAUCAUUGACCCCAUUGUGGAAGUAGGGAAGUUGGCAGAAAAGUACAAGAUUCCCUUCCAUGUAGAUGCCUGCUUGGGUGGGUUCCUUAUAGUCUUCAUGGAAAAGGCUGGGUUCAAGCUGGAGCCGUUUGACUUCCGAGUUAAAAGUGUCACAAGCAUUUCAGCGGACACACAUAAGUAUGGCUAUGCACCCAAAGGCUCCUCAGUGGUGAUCUACAGAGACCAGAAGUAUCGCCACUAUCAGUACUUUGUAGCCCCUGACUGGCAGGGAGGAAUUUACGCAUCUCCUUCAAUAGCUGGUUCUCGGCCUGGUGGCAUCAUCGCUGCCUGCUGGGCCACUAUGAUGUAUAUGGGAGAGAAUGGUUAUGUGGAUGCCACCAGAAAGGUUGUUCAAACAGCCCGCAUCAUUGCAGCAGGCGUCCGAAAAGUGGAGGGACUGUUUGUGUUUGGAAACCCAGAAGUCUCAGUGGUGGCCUUAGGCUCCAGUGUAUUCGAUAUCUUCCGUUUAUCCAAUGCACUCACAUCAAAGGGCUGGAAUCUCAAUACUCUCCAGUUCCCAUCCAGCAUUCACAUUUGUGUAACUAUGCUGCACACACAACCAGGUGUGGCAGAGAAAUUUAUUAAAGAUGUAAGGGAGGAAGUAGCAAUAAUCAUGAAAAAUCCAAAGGAGAAGACCACUGGAAUGGGAGCCGUUUACGGGAUGGCCCAGACCAUCCCCGAUCGGUCAAUGGUGACUGAGGUGUCUUGUGGCUUCCUGGAUUGCCUCUACAGCACUGAUGUUAAAACGGUCCAAAAAAACCACUACACCAGCAAGAAGAACCACUUUAAUGGGAACUCUAAAACACACUGAGUAUACUGUGAUCGCUGGGGGUCUGUGCCUGCAGCUGCCCAUGAGCUGCUCAUUACAUUUACAUACAUACUGUUUUUUUUGUUGUUGUUUUUUUUGUCCAUCAUUUCAAUCACUCAUUUGCUCAGUUCUAGGUAACGCACAAGCCAUAUUAACCCCAUUCACUUUGGGCAUUUUCUUCCAGGUGUUUUACUGUAGAUAGAUUUGUCUGUGGUAUCAACGUCAGCGCAGAAGGUUCAGGGACGGUCAGAUUUUCUUUCAAAAAAGCAUGUUCAUAUGUUCAAUUUCUGUUAUAAAUGUCUGUUGAUACUUCUCAUAUAUUUCACAUUUCUCCAGCCAUACUGUUGGAGGUAAAUGCUCCAGCUGAACUCUCAGGUUUCACUGAAUGAAUCAUUCAGUGAGAUUUUAGUACAAUUGCACAAUUUCAGGAAAAACUUUUAUUGCAAAUUACAGACUUCUCAAAUUAUAACUCUUCAUUUUUAUGAGUACAGAUGUCACAGACAGUGGUUUGAUGCAAGUAAAAUGAGUCCAUUCAGUGUGCUGGUCCUGAUCACAAUCAGAUAACUCUGCAGCCUUAUUAAUGUUACUGAGUAACAUGAAAAUGGACCGAGCACCAUUAAUAAAUAUUUCCAACAUCAUCUGUUGUUGAUGUACUACUUAGUUAUACCUGAAUAACAAAAAAAGCUUUUUGUUUUUACAAAGAUUAGGAUUUCUAAUUAUUUUUUAAUUUUAAUAUUAGUACAUAUAAUGUAUACCGUUAAUGGCUUAAUUCUAAAAUGUUCUGAACAAAAUUUACUGGUAAUUCUGAGAUGGAUCCUGCCCCGACAUUCUAUCUACCUCAAAAUGUGUUCUAACCGUUAUACAUUAAAUUCAUAAUUUUUAAUAGGUUUUCUUCGUUUAUAAUUAUAAUUGGAAUAAGUAUUCUAAUUUUUUUAUGUACUUGCCAUUAAUACAAUGACAAAUUGUUUGAACUCCUUGGGAGACGGUUGGGAGGGAGAUUUUAUUAAGACAAUUAAUUAAUAUUGGGAUCAGUUUUAUAUUUUACUUGCUUUUCAUCCCAGGAAAAUACAUGUGUAACAAACAGUUAUGUUCUUAAACUACCCAAACUGUAAAUUUUGUUAAACUACCCAAUGGGAAAAGAGCUCUUGGAUCAGUAGUGAAAUGAUGACGACACGGUACCACUGAACCAUGACUGCAGACCUCAUCGGCUGCUUAAUUUUGUAUGUAUUCAUAAUGUUUGUGACCACUAUGUGUGUUUUUACAUUAUGCAUCACUAAUCGAGUCUCAUAUUUCAGCAAUGUAAUUAUUAUUUUUGAGUGUACUUAUUGUGUUUUUGUUUUCAUAAGUUGUCACAGGGAUACAAAUGUUCUUAACAUCAUCAUCAACAUCAUAGGUAACGUAGGUAACAUUAACAACAUCAUUCAAAGGUUAAACUGGUGAUGUGCAAAUUAUAAUUAUUUGUAAUUGCAAGAAUAUUUUUAAAAUCUUAUUUUCAUAUCCAGUGUUUUAUAAUUAAAGCAGUUGUCCCUUUACCUACACAGAAACAUGUUAAAGGCAAUGCGCCUGGCAUUAUUACUACCUAAACGUUAGGCAUCUUCAUUUUCAAAAGGUGGAGUAUCCAUUGACUUUUAUGGUUAUGAUUUUAGUUGUUAAAGACCCACGCUGUUCACGUGUUUGUGUGUCUGUGUGUGUGUGUCUUUCGGCAGGCUCUAGUGCUAGUGCAGUGUUAGGUCAGCCUCAGGGAGAGGGCCUUUUCCACACAAUGUCAUAUCCACUUAUCAUACUACCCUGUUCCUGCAAAAAAUAAAAUUGUAUUUUGAAAAUCCA